UGUGUUUAGAACAACAAUGGAACACUGCAAGAUAGAGUUCGGUACUGUUAUGAAAAAGGAAUGUUUUCAUUUUGAGGAGGGAUAUACGUAUAUCAAUCAUGGGUCUUAUGGAGUAGUACCUACAAAAAUCAGGGAUAAACAAAAACAAUUAUUGGAUGCUCUGAAUGAUAACCCUGACGUGUUCUACCGACGGAUACUCGUUCAACUGUUCGGCAGGGCUAUAGAAGCUGCUGCAAAGUUUCUAGGGGCAGAUCCAGCAAACUUGGUGUUUGUGCAAAAUGCCACAACAGGCGUAAACAGCGUCUUGAAAGCAUUCCCUUGGCAGAAAGGUGACGAGAUUUUGGCGACAGUUUAUACGUAUAAAGCAGUUGAAUAUGCUUGUCGAAAGGCAGCCGAGUUUUCAACAGGAGGACACAUCCAUCAGUUUGAUAUACGCUUCCCGAUCAAUGACGAUUCAGAGGUUGUUGACAGCAUGACAUCAUAUCUGGACAAGCAUCCCAAAAUCAAACUUGUGGUUUUAGACCAUAUAACAAGCCCAACAGCUCUGGUGUUCCCAAUUAAGAAAAUGAUAGCGGAAAGUAGAAAGCGAGGGGUUAUGGUGUUGAUAGACGGUGCACAUGCACCAGGACAAUUGGAGAUAAAUUUAGAAGAACUUGAUCCGGACUUUUACACAGGAAACUUUCAUAAGUGGGUGUUUACACCACGAGGAUGUGCAAUUCUCUGGAUUCGUAAGGAACAUCAGGAUUGGUGCACUCCUCUUGUGACGUCACACAUGUACAAAAAGGGUAUUCAGUUGGAAUACUGUAUUCAAGGGACACGUGAUGACAUUCCGUACUUCUGCGUACCAGAAGCUAUUCAGUUUUACAAAGACGUUGGAGGAAUGGAAAAAAUAAACAAAUAUGCCAGAAACCUUUUGGAUAAAGCCAGUGCGUUGAUAGCAGAGAGAUUGGGGACAGAGAUGCUGCAGAUCCCGAAGUCAAUGGAAGCCCCCGGAAUGAGACUUGUAUUAUUACCGGAAUAUGAAGGCUAUGAUAAAACUUGGGAAGGAUCGGAGAAACUGUACAUGGACAUCAUGAAUCAACAUAAAAUAAACUGUGUUAUUUAUCCAGUACAGAGUGAACUCUACUUGAGGCUUUCUGCCAAUAUCUACAACGAAAUGGAGGACUACAUAAAAAUAGCUGAUCUUCUGAGAAAACUACCUAAGAAAAGUUAACAGUUCUGAGCAAUUGACGUUAACAUUAAACGUACAUUGUACAGCUCAGCGCGUGUAAACUAUGGUAAAAAUUUCUAUAAUCCUAAUCAUCCCGAAUAUAUAUACUCGUUUACUUUAUACUUUGCCAGAGUUGUGCAUGUUCUCUGUAUCUCAGGGAUAGUGAUAGGACCUUUAAAUUAUCUUAAGUCGGGAACUUGGUAGAUACAUUUUGCACCGUGUUUCCUCUCCAUGUUGUGAGCCAAGUGUCUUAUAGUAUUGAGAUUACUCUCCACUGGUGACAAAUAUGAUAAAUAUCAACGUUCAGAUGGGGAUCAGACUGACCGGACGUGCCUGAUUUCAGCAUCGACAUUCAAAUGUAAAACUGAAAAUAUAUGGAUUUGACAGAGUUUCGGCAUCAAAAGUAAAGCAUUUUUUUAACAAUAAAAAAAAGUUUGGUUU